AUGGUGUACCCAGGGUGAGGGAGCCGCUGAGCAUAUUGACACAGCAGAGAUACAGCUCUUUAAUGGGACGUUACCAUGACAGGACAAAGUAUGAACAGGUAUAAAAAAGCGGGGCGGUGGAUGAAGACGUCCCAGUCAGCGGAAGAAACAGAAACGGACGAAACAGCAAGGUAUGUGCACGUGCAGAACUAUCCUCUUAACUUUCUUUUUGCCUUUUUGGAAAAUACAACCCAAAUGUUCUUGUUAUUUUUAGCCACACAUCCUUUAAAUAUGACUGUGCAGGGGGUGUGCUUGCAUGCUAAUAUGUCUGCAAGAGGUCUGAAUCUUUAAAAGUAGAUACUAACCAGCUACUAGAAAUUAUAUAAUCUUAAAAAAUUAAAAGUUAAGUGUCUUUACUGUAUCAGUCUGGAAACUUUGAACAAGCUCUAUCAGGUCUGUGCUGUCUCUUCAUCUCUUAGGCUGCACCGUUGGACAGAACAAUGAAGUUGCUGGUCUUGGCUCUGAGUGCGGCUCUGCUGUUUACAGCCGGUGAGUCUGUUACUGAUUCUCCACUGGAUAAACACAACCACCGUGCAGCAGGACGUCUGCUGUCUGUGACACUGUAUCUAAACACUGUUAGGAACUCAAGAGGCAAACUUAUUCAAGAGGUUAUGUGGGAGGCAAUGAGAUGGUACUAUGUUCUGUUGUUACUCAUGUGCAUCUCGCUUCACUUUCAGAUAUCUGCAGUAUCCUUAUCAAAACUCUUCAUGUCUGCACCAGAAGUCUGUAGAUGUCUACAGCUGUAUUCUUAAUUUCACAUAUCUGAAGCGAUUUAGUGGUGUUAAAUGAAAAUCAGUCAUUUUGGGUAUUUUUUUCUCAAAUCAGUGAUAUAACCUCUGAAAUUGGCAUUUAAAGGGUUAAAAUCCAUAAUAAUAAUUUUUUAAUAUAUAUUUUUGAUAACGACUGAGCUUGAUGAGGAGAUCUGAGGAAAAAAAUAAAAAAAUAUAUCUCUGAUAUGUUUUUACAGCAGCUAAAGGUAGUGGACAAAAACAGCCAUAAGAGCAUGAAAGGGUGUAAAAUUAAAAGGGUUAAAAAGGGCUAAAUGUCUACAGCUGUAAUCUUAAUUUAACAUAUCUAAAGCGAUUUCGAGGUGUCUUAAUUCAGAUUAUUUGUCUAUUAUAAAUUAUUCAAGGUCCCUAAAAUCAUAUUUUACCAGCCAUAAUAGCAAACAUGACACAAUUUUGGAUACCCAAGAGUUUAAAUUACAGAUACAGAUAAAUUAGACUACAGAUUGGAUAAUUAGUUUUUGUUAUUGAGGGUUUUCCUGAGAAUUAAACUGCAGAUAUCCAGGAUGUUUUUCUCAACCCAUGCAGACUGACAGGACUAUGUGAAAUCAUUGUUUUGGAUUAUAGAUAUCUGCAGUCCGAAAUUGGUGAACAUUUAGGGGUCACCAAGUUCAAAUUUAGUGUUUAGCAUUUCAGGCCUCGCGCCAGGGGAAACUGGCUGUUGUGCAAGUUUAGAUGUCAAUGCACAGAAAAAAAGGGGUACCGUAUUUUACGGACUAUAAAUCGCACUUUUUUAUAGUUUGGCUGGGUUUGCGACUUAAAAGCCUGGAAAAUACGGUAUAUUAUCGCUAAUAAUUGGACCCUUGAAAACAGAGUAUCAAUAGACUCUAGCAAACGUGAGUAAGGACACGUUCUCACCAAAAUUGAGCUUUUAAUGAGCUAAAUUAGGAGUUUAGUUGAAGUUUUGAUGCCGGUUUGGAUGUGCAGGUGAAGCCCUGGACUGUCACCGCUGUGUCCCCAGACGUGCUGGACAAUCCUGUGAGUUGACUGUUGAGACCUGUCCCCCUGAAAAGGACGCCUGUGCUGCUACCAAGUUCCUCAGUGAACCAUGUGAGUUUCCCAACACACCCUCAGUACUCUCAUUAAAAGAUACUCUUCAAGCUGUGGUUUUAGCCCAAACACUAUCCUCGGCGAUAAAGAGACAGUGAUUUUAAAUUUAGUCUGUUUUAUAACCACUUAAAUUCUCCACAUUGCAACUCAAGCUUUUGUCUUUUAACUUUCUCAGAUGGCCAAUACCAGAAAUGUAUGAGGAUGGAGGACUGUGACAUGCUGAAGAUGAACUCCUUCAUCAGCAUAAACUGCUGCACUGAAGACUUGUGCAACACCUUUUAA